AUGGAGGUAGAAGGUUUGGGGGCAGAGCUCUCAGCGGCUGAAGCGAGGGCAUGGCUGAGGGAUCAGGUCCGCGUCAAGAGCCUGUCUGAGGUGGAUCAGUUCAUUUAUCUGCGAGCCUUGUUUCCAAAGCUACCGUUAAAGCUGUUGGCGCUGGCAUGUGCCUCAGCCUUGGAUUCCCAAUCAGUGGACUGGGCCGAUUUGCCUUGGAACCGAAGAUUCAGGAGAUCUGUAGCUCGAUCACAACCGGGAUCCGUAAUGCUGGCGGUAGCACCAUUUCCGAAUUCAUGGAAGGGUCUAGGAAGGGUGAUUCAGGUUGCCGAUUCGGAGAAGGGCCUGGGCUCGAAGGUGGUCUUUCGUCUCCUGAUGAAUUGGGCAGAAAAGGGCCUGAUUGGGGGUCUAGUGAAGGGAUCCUCGGGACAUAGGGAGGCUGAAGGUGUAGAGCUGGUUAAUGAGUUUGAAAGGUUGGCUCAGGUACAGGGAGGCUUGAGCGUAGACGAUUUAGGUACUGAUGCAGAGAGGGUGGUUCGCGCGCUUAGGUUCCUAUUGGUCUAUGCGGUGUCCCAAGCCUACUGUGAUAGCCUAUCUCUAAAAGGGGAACCAGGGACGGAAGAGAAGGGCAGGAUGCCCCCGAUAGAGGAGGCUCCGGAGGCCCCUCCUUUGGAGUCCGGAAAUUCUGAGGAUCUUAUAAGGUGGGCCAUUAAGAGGGCGGCCGUUCAGUUGAGGGACGGUCCAACUGGGACCGGGGUACCUAGGCCCGGCGAAGUGUUUUUGGUGAUAGAUCCAGGAUGCGGGUUGAAAGGGGGCUUUGGGGUUCUGGAGAAUCUUCUGUCGGUGUAUGGACUUCAUCGGGUGUGCUUUGACCAGGGCUGCUUGGGGGCUCCAGGGCUUUAUCCCUCCGGUUUGGUGACUUCGUCAUGGUUCUUGUUUGAGACACUUCAUGAGGUUCGGGUUCGGGGAGAUGUAAAGGAGGCCUUGGAGGUUCUUCGGAGGUUUUGCCCUAACGGGAUAGGUAUGAGUAAAGUAGGCUGGACAGGGCAGCUGCUGCGUGUCGUUCAAGGCGCCUGGACUCAGUGGACUUCCGAAGUUAGCAGAUCGGAUGAAGCCGUAGAGAGACAGGCGUUGCUUAAGAGGCUAAGUGAGGCGGAGUCUUAUGCUAGACAUGUGGCACGGGACCACAGUCCGUUUCGCAAGGGCUGCCCGAUCUGCAUCAUGUCUCAGGGAAGGAGGCGGUCUCACUGGAGAACGAGCCACCCUGUGGUUCAUGCUCUGAGCGCUGAUAUAGCGGGUCCGUUCAGAGCGGGCCAAUCCUAUGAUGAGGAGGCUAGCGGUAGGGCACGGCAUGGGGGCUAUCGGUUCUUUUUGGCCUGCUCGUACACCGUCCCGCAGAGUUUCGAUUUCCCUGACAAGGAGGGAACUAAGCUUAGUGAGGGUGGUGAAGGGGAUGAUGAGCUAGUUCCAGUGGUAGGACGGUCUGAGGAGGAGGGUCUGCUAGAAGACCUAGAUGAGCUCCUAAGUCUUCCGGGGGAUUGCUCGGUAAGGGUGGUAGAUAGGAGGGUAUCCGCUAAGAGACCGGAGUUGCCUGGACCCCCACCACUAGAAGACACCCGGGAUGAAGCUGAGAAAGGGUCCGGGGAUGGAACGGUGGGGGCAAAGAUGAGGACCUUGUUCAUAGGGGUUCCUCUGAAGUCCAAAGCCGGAAAGGGGGUUACUCUAGCGGUUCAGGGCUUGGUGAACAAGCUAGAGGCCCAUGGGUUUCCUGUCCAUCGUUAUCACAGUGACCGAGCUAAAGAGCUCCGAACGACGGCGUUGUUGACCUGGAUGAAGCAGCAAGGUAUCCAUGUAACUAGCACCCCGGGGGAAGCUCCUUCUGGGAAUCGUGCGGAGUUAGCUGUGCAGAACUUGAAGGCUUUUGUCAGGAAGUUGCUGCAUGCAUCCGGGUUGGAUAAGAUGUUUUGGCCGCUGGCACUUUUGCAUGCUUCGGCUCGAAAUUGGUCGGACUUCUCCAUAUCGUUAGGCGUUCCUUGUUCACAUCUAAUCCCGUUCGGGACGAAGGUGCACGCGCGGUGCCGCUCUAAGACGGGUUAUGAUGCCAACUGGCGGUCCCGUAGCACUCAGGGUGUUUUCGUGGGACCGGCUCCUAAUGUUAGUGGGGGUUAUCUAGUCUUAGUUCCGGAGGAGGGAAGUGAAGGAGAAAUGAAAGUUUUGCUGACAAGCACGAUUUAUCCUUUGCGCGGGGAGCCUUCCGGGGCUCCUCGUCGGCCCAGGUAUCGGCUCACGAGCAAGCGCUCGCCUGAUUUUGCAUUACGGGCUGUAGCUGCUACUCUGUUCGAGAAGAUGCCAGGUGCUGGGAACUGGUUCGCACCUGGGGGGGAGUCCUUAGGUGAUUUUGAAAUUAAGGUUCUUGUGAAGGACGAUUCCGGUGAGGAGGAUUGGGUUCUAGAAGGGGAUCUGGACGGGCCAGUUGGUUCUGAAACAAGCGCCUAUCAUUCCACUGUAGAUUCUGGGGAGUUGCUUUGGGAAGAGGAGAGCUGUUCUAUCCUUGGAGUAAAGGGAGUUCGAUCGAGUGAUAGGAAUAACGACAGCUGGGUUUUCUCCGGCGAUCCUUCUCGGAGCUACCAGCGGCCAGAAGGCCGAUGCUACAACGGCAAGGAUUGGGAAGGUGAUAGGGCGCUCGGUGAGGAUGCCUUUGGAGACAUCUGUGGAAUUUUAAUAGUGUAUGUCGAUGACUUAGCCUUCCUGGGUCCCUCCGGGCUGUGUCAAGAGUUCAUUCGGGUCGUGCAAAAUCAUUGGAAGACAUCUGCACCCCAAUGGUUGGGGGUAGAACCGGUGACUUUUUGCGGAAUCGAAUUGACUCUGCAGGACUUUGGGUUCCGCAUGACCCAGAAGGCGUACAUUAUUGAGCUUCUGCAGCGAUACAAUGUCGGGACAUAUGCUUCCUCUCCGAUCGGAAAAUGGGUGGAACCUGAGAUCGAGGAGAAUCCUUCUCCUGAAGCUAUUAAGGAAGCUCAGGCGAUGACGGGGGCGUUAUUGUGGAUCUCUACGAGAACGAGGCCGGACCUUUCUUACGUGGUUAGCCGUUGCGGCCAGCAAGCUACAAAGGCCCCUGGUCUUUCGAUUUCAUUGGCCAAACAGGCCUUGGCUUAUUUGCAGGGCACCCAAGACUUGGGGAUCGAGGUACUUUUUGUGGUCGGGAACUUGUUUUCAGAUCAUGGCCUGCUGGCUCUUCCAAGGACCGAGAAGGUAAUUGAGCUGUACACGGAUGCGUCGCAUAGCCCUGGGGGAGAGAGGUCGAUGCAAUCAGUAUUCAUUGUUUGGCGGGGGGUUCCGGUUGCCUGGGAGGCAACCAGGCAACCAUUCACCACGUUGAGCUCUGCCGAAGCUGAAUUAGUAUGUAUGGUUCACGGAAUACAGCUUUCGGAAGCUGUUCAACCGCUCAUCGACGAGUUGAUUGAGGCAGACUCCAUGAUCUCCCUUCUGGGGGACAACGAAGCAUCAGUCCGAGCUUUUGAAACGGCCAGUGCCGGCUGGAGGAAUAGGCAUUUAAGGAUGCGAGCGGUAGCCGGCAGGGAACGUAUCGAUGCCGGCCUUCUGAAGGUUACACACCUGCCCGGAGAAUACCAGGUAGAGCUUAUGACUGCAGAAGCCUUGGCAGGUUUGGCCUUGUUGGCAGUGAUUCCGGGAGUGAAGGGCCAACCGACCCAGGAUGAGCCAACGUUGUCUCCUUCUGAGAGGGAGUUGUUGGGGGAAGAGUCAGGGGAUGGUCUAGGUGAGGAUGGCAAUCCGAACAGUCGGAGUCAGCCUGAGAGGGAUACGGGGGUUUUUGGACUUUCAGAUGACGACUUUACAGAGGAGGAGUGGCAGGAAGCUACCCGUAAGCUCCAACUUGAAGAGUCUAGGUUCGGAGGAAUACCGGACUGGGCACAAGAGGGGAGGGGGAUACAGGAGCGUCCCUUGAACCAUUCCCGGGGCAGUACCAUGCGGAGUUUCAGUUUGAUGAAGGGGAAGGUCAAGGAACACCCAGAGGCUGGCAUUCCGUUUGACCCAGAGGAGUAUCCAGAGGACAUUCAGGAUGAGUUCCAUUGGUUGAACCUGUGGAAGAUGGAACCAGCUGGUACAUAUGAGGAAACAGCUUUGAGCAAUGCGGUUGAGGGGAUGAUUCGAAGGCCCGAGCUACGGGGGUGCAACCCGGAGAAGCUUCCCCGGGAGCUUUGGAGCUGGGGGAAGCGGGUGGCUUUGAGGCGGUCCCGGCCUUCCACCUUGGACAUUGCGACAAAAGGAUUGCUGGAGCCAGACUAUGACAUGGCCUUUGGAACAGAAAACAGGGCUUCUGUGGGCCCGAGAGUGGCCAGAGUGGAAACGGUGCGCGAGGAUUUGCCGGGAAUUGCGGGAGAUUUUCAAGGAGCCCCAUCUCAGGAGGUCAAGCAAGAGGCCCUGGGAUCAAGGAGAUCAACAGGGGCUGCAGCUGAAGCUCUGAUUGAGGAUGAAGGGGUGCAGCGACCUGCGGAGGCCCCGGAGGAUGGUGGUCCUGAGCUGACACCGGCAGACGAGGAUCGUCUAGGGCGAAUGGAGCGACUGCUGGUUUCCAUGAUGGAGGAGAAUAAGGCUUUAAAGAGAAAGCUGGAGCAAACUGAGUCUAG